GGCGCAGCGUGCGCUUGCCGGUCAUAGGCACAAGUCGCUGUACACCGGCACGCAGGGUAAAAUCGCGAGGUGUCAUCUGUAGUCGGGUAGACAGGAACGGGAAGUGGUAAGCAGACACACAUGCUCAAAGAUGAGACUCGCAUUGAAAUCAAGCCGAGACCUGCCCAUGUGUUGAUUUCGCAGCCUUUCUUUGCCAUGCAUGGUUUUGAAUGAGGGAGUAGCCAGGUCCUGUGAGACUCUUUUUUUUACAAGCAGAAUGACACAAAAUAAAGAUGCCGGCGGUUGUAACGGCAGCGGCGGGGAGGGCGAGGAACUCAAGAUAGUCAUUGUGGGAGAUGGAGGCUGUGGGAAAACUUCUCUUCUCAUGGUGUAUGCCAAAGAUUACUUUCCGGAGAAAUAUGCUCCCACGGUGUUUGAAAAAUAUACCACCUCUGUGGUCCUUCGAGGAAAAGAAGUGAAGCUCACCGUGUGUGACACAGCAGGCCAGGAGGACUACGACCGUCUGCGACCGCUUUCGUACCAGCAGGCCCAUCUCAUUCUGGUCUGCUUUGACGUGACCAACCCCACCAGUUUUGACAAUGUGACCAUCAAGUGGCACCCGGAGGUGAAGCACUUCUGUCAAGAAGUCCCGGUCAUCCUGAUUGGCUGCAAGACUGACCUCAGGAAGGACAAAGAGUGCACCAGGAGGCUGAAGGCCGUCAACCAGGCUCCCGUAACGUACACGCAGGACGCAGGGCCUGGCCGCCCAGCAGCGGAUGAACGCCGAGCUCUACCUGGAAUGUUCGGCCAAGUACCAGGAGAACGUGGACGACGUGUUCAGGGAGGCCACCAAGAAGGCUUUGGCCUUCCGCCGCAAGCAAAACCACUACAAACGCAAGAGGAAUUGUGCCCUCCUAUGACCGCGGCACAUUUUGGUUGCUCGGACGUGGUUUUGUCUUAAGAUUAAAACUUAACCCUAAAUGUACAAAUACAACCGAACUGUACAUACAAAAUGCACUGCGCGACAUGUUUGAAAAAAUGUUGGAGCCACGUGGUUACGCAGUUGGGAAUUGGAAUGUUUCUUUUGCAUACCACUAGAGGGAGCAGGGUACCACACCGACUAUCCCUCGAAGCCUUUGAAUCCAUCAUGUCCGACUGUAAUUUAAAUAUUCGUCUCGGGCUUUAUUCUUGGUAAAUUACGUCUUUCUUCGUGAAGUAUUACCAUCUUUCUGGUUUUUGAUAAAUAUUUCAGCCAACAACGCUCUUUAGUAUUUGGUACACGGUCUACAAAGUUGAAAUUCACCGCCCAAUCGUGAUCACGCUUGUUGAUGGCUUCAAGCUAAGUGCCAAGCUAACGGAGAGGGGCGUGGCCACUGAGCAUGCGGUCGCAUCAUCAGUUGGUUGCUACGACGAAACUGAUAGUCAAUAGAAAUACAGACAAUUGGAUACUUAUAAAUCUUCACGGAUUGAACACCCUUUGGGAAUUUUGCCGCUCAGCUCCUUGUUUUCAAACAGCAAACUGUGAUCAAAGUACAAUUGAACAGCUGGAAAUGUGCAGUCAAAACCACGUCAAAUUAAGUUCACCCUAAAAUGUUAAUGCGCAUUUUAGGUUUGUCCUAAAAUUUCAUCCCAAAUCGCGGUAUGCUGAACUCGAGUACGGUUGUGUAUAUGUUGCUUCUCAUUAUGAAAAAUAUUUUCAUUUUCUGUUUUUUUUAAAUUACAAAUGAUUGUAUUUUGACCCUGUUACUGAAGCACAAUGCCAAAUAGGACUCACAUCCUGACUGCAAAUGACUCAAGAAAGUUUCAAAAGAUAUUAAUGUGAGAUGAUUAUGUCAAUAGAUCAUUCAAAAUACCCACCCCCAUUUUUUAUUACAUUUUUUACGAUAUGCUAUCUUUUGCACCAUUCUGAGGGGAACUCGAUAAGAUUGGUUGCAUCUGUAUU